CUUGCGGUCAUUGCCAUCUAGUGCUUGUGCAGAAAGAUCGCUCUUCUCACCAGCUCUCAUUGCUGAUCCGCCCCGCUCCCGAGUCUCGCGCUUCGGCUUCGCGCCGAGGCGCCAACACACCUACCAUCCUCUCUCCGACGGAUCGCAGACCUCCCAGUUUCCGCUCCUGUCUCCUGGAACCAUGUCUCUGGUAAGCCAGAAUGCGCGCCACGGCAGCGCAGAGACCACCGCAGAUUGCAGCGACGGCCGGGGUGAAAUGCAGGUUACUAACAUCUCCGGGCCCCCCACCUCCAUGCUAGUCUCCGAUGCCCCCCAGGGCCCUCAGGGUGCCAGCGCUUCCCAGGCUGCACAGGACCCAAAUGACCUCGAGGUCUUAAUUGAUGAGCAAUCCCGACGUUUGGGGGCGCUCAGGGUCCACGACCCUCUAGAAGACAGAUCGAUUGCUUUGGUGAAUUUCAUGCGAAUGAAAAGCCAAACCGAAGGGUCUAUCCAGCAAUCAGAGAUGCUGGAGUUUCUCAGAGAAUACUCAGAUCAGUUCCCUGAAAUCCUCAGACGAGCUUCAGCUCACUUGGAUCGGGUCUUUGGGUUGAACCUGAGGGUUCUUGAUCCUCAGGCUGACACCUACAACCUAAUCAGCAAACGAGGUCCCCAGACCUCUGAGAGGCUAGUAGAGUCCCUGGACAUGCCAAAGGCAGGUCUCCUUGCCCUGGUCCUAGGCCACAUACUCCUGAAUGGCAACCGGGCAAGGGAGGCCUCCAUUUGGGAUCUGCUGCUAAAAGUUGAUGUGUUGGAUGAGCCUCAGAGGGUUAACAACCUCUUUGGAAACACAAGGAACCUCCUCACUACUGACUUUGUGCACAUGCGAUUCUUGGAGUACUGGCCUGUCUAUGGCACUAAUCCCCUCGAAUUUGAGUUCUUGUGGGGCUCUAGAGCCCACAGGGAAAUCACAAAGAUGGAAGCCUUGAAGUUUGUGGCACAGGCCCAUGAUGAAGAACCCUGGAACUGGCCAGAAGAAUAUAACAAGGCCCUGGAAGCCGACAAAGCCAAAGAAAGAAGCCAGGCUGCUGGCUUAGAGUUCUGGUCAGAGGACACUAUGAAUGAUAAGGCAAAUGAUUUGGUUCAGUUGGCCAUUAAUGUCACUGAAGAGCUGCUUCCUAUACAUCAGGAUGAGCUAUUGGCUCACACUGGCAAAGAAUUCGAGGAUGUGUUCCCAAAUAUCCUUAGUCGAGCCACCCUAAUCCUUGAUCUGUUCUAUGGGUUCUCUCUGAUUGAGGUUGAUACCAGUGAGCACAUCUAUCUCCUUGUCCAGCAGCCAGAAUCAGAAGAAGAGCAAGUGAUGCUAGAGAGCCUGGGGAGACCCACUCAAGAAUAUGUGAUGCCAAUCCUGGGUUUGAUCUUCUUGAUGGGCAACCGUGUCAAAGAGGCCAAUGUGUGGAAUUUGCUUCGAAGAUUUAGUGUGGAUGUAGGGAGAAAGCAUGCCAUCACCUGUAAGCUUAUGAGACAGCGCUACUUGGAAUGCAGGCCACUUUCCUACUCUAACCCAGUUGAAUAUGAGCUUCUCUGGGGUCCUCGAGCUCACCUUGAAACCACCAAAAUGAAAGCCUUGGAGUACAUGGCCAGGCUCUACAGAAAGCGACCACAGGACUGGCCAGAGCAAUAUAGAGAAGCUGUAGAAGAUGAAGAGGCCAGAGCUAGAUCUGAGGCAACUGCCAUGUUCUUCUUUGGUGCCAUGUGAAGUGCUGGAAAAAUGUAUCACUUCACCUGAGUGGUAACAGUUAAAGGGGCCUUGGGGAAAUGGGUACUGGAGGCCCAAAUCAGAAGUUGGGGGAUAGUUGGGGUAGGGAAUACACUUUGUGCUUGUUAUCUGUGUUCCAGUUCUAAAAGUAUUUCCUUCCUUUUAAUAUGCCCUUGAAUUAAGUUCGUGACCAGUGUUUAUAAAUGAAAUUUCUCAUUUGCCAUCCCUGUCUUGUUUAAGUAUUGAAGUUCAGAUAGUUGUGUAAAAUGUAUUGGUAAUAUGUACAUUUUUGAAAUAAGCAGUAAAAUGAUCUGGUACAGGAGUUAAACAAUAACAGAACACACACAACAAAAACAAAUACAAAACACUGCUUUGUGGUUGUCUUCCUUUGUGUGUACUAUUGUAUAAAAAAAGACUGACAUUUACCUGCAUUUGUUUUGCUGUUCCAGAGUGUAGUGAAAAAUAAAAAGCAUAAUGAAUUAGA